CGGAUGGAAGGGGUAGUGGGGCACACAGCUUGUUGGCUGUGACCGCAUCGCUGGCUGUCUCGGAUACUGGAGGCAUGUCGGCACCGCCUUCGGAUGUGAAGUUAGCGCUGCAAAGAACCAGUUCGACGCUGCUGCAGCAGAUCGAGGCUUUGGAAAAAAGGACAUCCGAAUUGAAGCGCAGCCGAGAAGCUUCGCAAGCAAAUGACAAGAAUGACGAGGAUGCCUUAGAAAAAGAAAACAAGGAGAAGAAAAAUUCUAAGGCAGCAGAGGACGGUGAACGCGACACUCCAGAUGAUGGAAAAUCCGAAGAUGAAGAUAGAAGUAAACUUCCUCAGGUGGUUGGAGAUGAGAACAAGAAAGCCAUUUUGGUGGAUCCUCGUGGCUGGGCGCGGGAGCGCUUGGCCACUGCAUUGCGGGAAAAAGGAAAGGAUUUGGAACAGAAGGAAAACAGAAGCCACAGGGACGAACCAACAAAGUCAGGUGAAGGUGAUGGUAUGAACAUCGCGAAGCCAAGUACUCCUGGCACAAUCGCCAAAGCAACUGGCAUGCCUGGCAUGAUGAAAGGAAGUGCCCCAAAUCCAAUGAGCAUGGGCGCUGUGGCAAAGGGUGCGUCGUUGCCGCCUUUGGCUCCACUUUCUAUGCCUGCAAUGCCACCUUUCCAGGCCAAGGGCGCAAUGCCUUGCGGACCGAAUGGAGGUAUUUUACCAAAAGCGCUUGGUCCCAAAAUGCCUGGCAUGCCUGGCAUGGAUUUGCCAUGUGGGGGAGCUUUGCCAGGUUGCAUGGGCAACAUGGGCCCCGGAUGCGGGUGCGGAGGUUGCGGCAUCGGUGGCAGCAUGGGUAGUGGACCAUGUGGUGGUCCAGACAAAGGCAAAGGUGAGGGCGGUGAUGUGCAAGACCAAGUGAUGCUCCAGAUGCAAAUGCAGAUGCAGAUGAUGAUGAUGGGCGCUAUGAUGGGCUCCAUGUUAGGAGAAGGUGAUGAAAAGAAAGCCAAGAAAAGGAAAAAAGAUAAGAAAAAUGAAGAUGAUGACUUGCCACCGGGACCCUCCAGCGACAUGAGCCACCCAAGCUAUAGACCACCAGACAUGGAGCACAUGCCUGGAAUCACAGAUCGGCGCUUCGAAGGGCGCAUUACCUCGUGGUUUGAGGACAAAGGCUAUGGCUUCAUUGGCAACGAUGAACUUAAGCAACGGUUCAACGGCAUGGAUGUGUUCCUGCAGACCAACCAGAAGCGGCAUUUUGAGCAGGGUGAUUUUGUUGCUUUCAGUGUUUUCAAAAAUAAAAGGGGACAGCCGCAGGCCACGGAGUUGAGAGCCAGGUAGAGGGCCCUCCCUCGGAUAGGAAGGGCUGACGUGUUUCAGACCUAGAAGGUGGCUGUAUCAUUUGCUUCAGUGCUUCUUUUGUCAAAC